CCCGCAUCGAGAGCUUUUGAACUUUUUCUCUCAGCAUCCAACACCGUGGCGUCGCCAACCCCUGAUUCCUCAACGCUAUCAUGGCCAACAUCGCGCCAUCGGUCCUCAGGCAGGCAUCACGUCUGGCGUCGAGAUCGUCUGUUUCUACCGCAUCGCGACGUGGCAUUCGGGUCUUGUCGAGGGCAGCGCCCGCGCCCGCGCGCGGCGACUGCAGGAGGUGCUAUGUGACCCAGAGCAAGUCCGACAAUGCUCAGGUCCAAACAGACACGGCCAUCCGGCUGGACCGGGCCGAGCUGGAAAAGGCGGGAGCUACCCUGGAAACAACCCAAAACGGGUCGACGACGCUCGUCAGCCCCAUGGCUGAUGUCCUUAAACAGGCCGUCAAGAUGGACGAAGGCCAGCGGCCCAUCUAUCUCGACAUGCAGGCCACAACACCGGUAGAUCCCCGCGUGCUGGACGCCAUGUUGCCCUAUUACACCGGCAUCUUCGGCAAUCCGCACUCCAGGACGCAUGCUUACGGCUGGGAGAGCGAGCGUGCCGUCGAGCAGGCGAGGAGCCAUGUCGCCAAGCUGAUUGGCGCCGACCCCAAGGAGAUCAUCUUCACAAGCGGCGCCACCGAGAGUAACAACAUGAGCAUCAAGGGCGUGGCCAGGUUCUUUGGCCGCUCGGGCAAGAAGAAGCACAUCGUCACCAGCCAGACGGAGCACAAGUGCGUGCUCGACAGCUGCAGAAACCUGCAAGACGAAGGCUACGAGGUCACCUACCUGCCCGUCAACAGCAAUGGACUGAUCGAUCUCGACAAGCUGAGGGCGGCCAUCCGCCCGGACACGGCGCUCGUCAGCAUCAUGGCGGUGAACAACGAGAUUGGUGUCAUCCAGCCGCUGGCCGAGAUUGGCAAGAUCUGCCGGGAGCACAAGGUCUUCUUCCACACCGACGCGGCCCAGGCUGUCGGCAAGAUCCCGCUGGAUGUCAACGCCAUGAACGUGGACCUGAUGUCCAUCUCGUCGCACAAGAUCUACGGUCCCAAGGGGGUAGGCGCGUGCUACGUCCGCCGGCGGCCGAGAGUCAGGCUGGAGCCCCUCAUCAGCGGCGGUGGACAGGAGCGCGGCCUGCGCAGCGGCACGCUUGCUCCGGCUCUCGUUGUCGGGUUCGGUGAGGCGUGCCGCAUUGCCGCGGAGGAGAUGGAGUAUGACCACAAGAGGAUCAAGGCACUUUCGGAUCGGCUACUCAAGGGCCUCCUGUCGAUGGAGCACACCAACCAGAAUGGUGACCCGAACCACUUCUACCCCGGUUGCGUGAACGUGUCCUUUGCCUACGUGGAGGGCGAGUCGCUUCUGAUGGCGCUGAAGGACGUCGCCUUGUCGUCCGGCAGCGCGUGCACCUCGGCAUCGCUCGAGCCCAGCUACGUGUUGCGGGCGCUGGGCAACAGCGACGAGAACGCGCACUCGAGCAUCCGCUUUGGUAUUGGCCGUUUCACGACCGAGGCCGAGAUCGAUUAUGUCCUGAAGGCGGUCAAGGAGCGCGUCGGCUUCCUCCGCGAGCUCAGCCCCCUGUGGGAGCUUGUCCAGGAGGGCGUCGAUCUCAACACGAUUGAGUGGACUCAGCAUUAGUAGGGGAUAGAUCGCUUAGGGGAGUCCGUGCGGGAGGAAGCUGGCGGGACGGUCGCGGAUUGAUUUUUGGGCGCAACAAGACAAAAUACGCGUGUUACAUAUUUUUAUCGGGCAAUGAGCCCGGCCGGUUCUGGGAACAAGCAAGGCGAUCUGUAUAAUAUCAUAUACCUCUUUGUUGGUCGGCAGCAAGAAUGAUACCACAAGCCACGGCUGGUCUUGGCCUUGGCGGCUGAUGCAGCGUGAAGGGCCUCUGAGUUGUCUAGCUAGCAGCCCGUAUCGGUAACUUUUGGAAGUGCUUGCAAGAGAACAAGUAAGCUAAGAAGUUUAGGACCUUCGG